CGCCUGCCUAGAGUUUAGUUUGCCUUUGAGGCUGGCGACAAGAUGCUGCUGCUGCUCUGGAUUGGAUUGCUAGGCGUUUCCUGGGCUCGAGGAGCUCAGGUUUACAUGGAGUUCAAUGGACACCGGUACUCGUACAACACGGAUGGCGAUCGCCUGGACCGGAGUGUCCACCUUCCCAACUAUGAAGCCACGGCUGCAAGUGCUUCUCCCUUAAACUCCUUGAGUUCCCUGCAGUUUGUGCAGCAGGCACUUCAAAACAGGCAGCCUAGGAUCUCCCACCUGGACACAUCCUCUCUAACUGACGGUUAUCUAACAUCUCCUGCUCCUGGCAUUCCUCAUCCCGUGCAGGGCCGCCGGAACUUUGACUUCAGCACCCACCAGAUGGCACAUGCCCAGCACACGGAUGAGGCGGGUAAUGUCUUGGGCAAGUACUCUUAUUACGACGAGGCUGGCUACCACGAGCUGAGCUAUAAGGCGGGCGCUGGCAUCGGUUUCGUGGUCAUGGGUGGCAACUUGGCCAAGGCCACCCACUCCGCCGCCGCUGAGCCGCACUCGGAAAUCGCAAUCGGAAACGGAAUCCAAGCAAAUGCCUUGACAAGCCUGCAAGAGUUGCAUAAAUAUCGCGGUUACGCGUAA